AUGGCAGAAGAAGAAAAGACCGACGCCGCGGGCUUGCAGCAAGACUCGGAAAACCCGGCUGAACACCAUGAGAUCGAGCAAGCGGCCAAGCUCGAGUCUACGGGCGCCGCCGUCGAGGAAGUGAACUCGGAAGAGGAGGAGGAGGCUGUGGUGACCUUCAAGACAUGGAUCGUUGUGGGGAUAUUGUCCUGCGGUUAUGGCUUGUCCUUCUGGCCCAUUCCAGUCAUGGCAAACAUUGGAGGUCUUGUUGGUGAAGAGCUCGGUGCCCCCUCGAAAUACAUCUGGUUUAUCCCAUCCUGGACGAUAUCUAUUACCUGUUGCUUCAUGCUGUGUGGUGCAAACACCGACAUGCUCGGUCGUCGAUGGUUUUUGACCAUUGGGAAUCUGAUCUGCACUGUUGGCCAUAUUGUGACCGCUUCCUCCAAGAACGUCAACGCCGUGAUCGCCGGAAUGGCCAUUUCUGGCUUCGGUGGAGGCAACUGUCAGAUGGCUGCAUUCGCACUGCCUGAAUUGCUCCCCAACAAAUGGCGCCACAUUGGCGUCGUGCUGGCCGACCUCACCACUCUUUUGGCUGUGAUUCUGGCCCCAGUCACUGGACUAUACGGGUACCACUCGCACUCGUGGAGAUGGAACUUCUACGCCGCGGCGAUUGCACAGUUCCUUUCAUUCCUAGGGCUGCUCUUCCUCUACUUCCCACCCGCGCAUCCAUACGGGUUACCGAUCAAGAAAGUGCUCCCAAAAAUCGACUAUGUUGGUGGCGCCUUGUUCGUCGCCGGCGCCGUGCCCACCCUCGUCGGUGUGGUGUAUACCACGGUCGUGCCGUCCAAUGAUGCGCACGUAGUGGCACCGCUGGUGAUCGGGUUUUCCUUCCUUACCUGCUUCGCGCUUUGGGAGACGUUCUCCAAGGCCGAGCAUCCGCUGACCCCGCGGUACGUGUUCGCGUCGUCGUGGGGGCGCGACUUCACGGCGCCGGCCAUCGCGCUGGCCGUGGUCAACAUGUUUUACUACUCCGGCAGCAUUCUGUGGCCGACCAUCGUCAACGCUUUCUACACCGACGGCGGCGCCGACUGGCGCUACGGCAUCGUGCUGUCUCUGCCCCAGGGUCUGGCCAUUACCUUCGGCGCCGUGCUGCUGUCCGUCUUUGGUGGCACCAUCAAGAACUGGCAGUGGCAGCUGACCGGCUCCGUCUUCAUCAUGGUUCUCUUCGGCUCGCUCCUGGCCCUGGUCACCCCGACGAACAAGGGUCUGAUGGUCGCGUGUAUCUUCAUCUCGCAGUCCGCCUAUGGCUGGGCCAUCUACCUGUCCAUCGCCGUCGCGCAAAUGGGCGUGGAGCACAAAGACUUGGGAUUAAGUGGUGGCAUCGCGGGUGUUUUCCGGUUCGCGGCAGGGUCCAUUGGGGCCGCCGUGUAUACCACGAUCCUUACCAACGAAACGAACAAAUCCGUGGCGAAGCUGGUUCCCGCCGCCGCCGUUGCUGCUGGGCUUCCAAAGUCCAAGAUCUCCGAACUUCUGAGCUCCAUCGGCACCCCAGCCCUGGCCAAAGACUUCAGUCAAGCGGUCGUGACAGCGGUAGGGGGGGCAGUCGACCAGGCUCAUGUGCACGGUAUUCGAAUGGUGGCCUUUGCCUCGAUGGCGUUCGGUAUUGUCGGCAUCAUCGCGUGCAUGUGCUGCAAAGACGUCGACAAGAAGAUGAAUAAUAAGAUCGAGGUGUAUCUCGAAAACACACAGUACGCGAACAGGAACAAGUACCAUUAA